UUCUUCUGGCUCGAAGAAGCCCGGAGGCAGCCGGGGCCGGGAGAGGGGCGUGCGGUCCGACGGAGAUCGGGACGAGAGGCUCUCCGCGCUUCUUCGCCCGCCGCUGCACCGCGUUCCGCGCAGCGAUGCGGGGUCGGGCGGACCGCCCCGCACCUGCGCUCCUCUGCACGCGCUGCCGGUGCUGCCGGCGCUGCCCCGCUCGGCGCUCCUGUAGGGUCGGCUCUUCGCCUCUUCCCAGCUGUGGGUGCCCUUUCGGAGAGUUUUUGUGCAAGCUCAGCCUGUGCUCCUCUUAGGAUUUCUCCCUCCCCACACUUCGGUUUUUUUUUGUUUUAUUUUUUUUUAAAUUAUUUUUAUUUUUUAUUUCUUUAAUUUAAGCUUGGAAACGGGAUCUGAACAAACCCUGAAGGUAACCGAGAGGAACUCGAGAAUGUUAAAUUUGUAUCUGUGGCUGGUUGUUUUUGUUUGUUUGUUUGUUUUUUUGUUUUUUUGUCUGUUGAUAUGAGGGAAGGAUGGGAAUGCGGCUCGACCAUUGUUUUGGGAAGUUUGGGGUAAAGAGCACAUCUGCAGGCUGUGCUCUACCUGUAACUCUCCAGGUCGGGGCUGUGUGGUCCCAGCAGCGGAGUUUGCAUUCAGAGAAUGUCAAUGCAAAACCCAGCCACAUGCUGACCGUGCUUAAUUCUGCAAAACGGGGUGGGAUGAGAAGCAGCUGCAGCUUCCUGAUGCUUCGUUUGGUGGUGACCGGGCGGGCCCUCGUGGGGCCGUGCAGCCCUGUUUCAUUCUCUAAGCAGCCAUCGCACAGCCUGUGGAGUUUCAGCAGACUGCAGCCAUGUGCUUGAGAUGAUGCUCGUGCCCAGGCUGCAGUGAGCCACAGGUAAACUACCUAUGGGUGUAAGGGAGCACAGGGGCGCUGUGGGCUGGUGCAGCCCCCCCGGCCUCUGUUUGCAGAGGGCUGAGUUAGGUUUCCAGAUGACAGCUUUGAAUACCAGCUGGUGCCUCCGUCUGUAAUCCAGCUGGAAUGCCUCUGGAGCUGGUGGGCAGUCCGUGCAAUGGUAGAUUCCUUGCUGCUGUCACUAAUGCUGUGGUUGUGUUGCUGAGAAACAAACGGGAGAGGUUUCUUCCCUGGCUUCUCCUCUCUGUCCCUGCUGGAGCUUCAUUCUUCUUUCUUCAGUUCAGCAAGGUGUUCCCGUAGGGCAUCCAUUGGUCUCAAUGAGAGGCUGAUGCAGAAUGGGGCUGCCCAUGCCUCAAAGCCCAUGGUGUGGUUCAAUGGGAGUGUGUGUGGUUGUAGGGGGCGGUGGGUUUUGUAAGCCAGGUGUUAAGUGUGUGUGAUGUUGGAGGCAUGGUGUGUUUGUUGCAAAGAAGGCAACUAAUUGUUACUUUAAUUACAUCCCUGCUGGUGUGUACUGAGAAGCAGGAACUGAAGACAGGCAUGGUACCAGCUUACCUCCUGACACUGUCUGGCCUUCCACUUGGCAUCCGUGCAUGGCCUCCAGCCCCACUGAGGCACUCAUUAGCUGAGCGUUUUGCUGGCCUUGGCCUCAGUGCCUUUACCCAAGCAGGUCAGUGGUGCUUGGGGCAGCAGGACUCGGUGGCUUUGCAUUAGGGAAUGAGCAGUCAGAACGAGCCAGGUGAAGUUCAUUUCCCCCAUGACCAAGUGCAAGAUUUCAUGUUAAGAUGGAGAAGCGAGGUGUUGAAUGCCCUAUAUUUUAGCCCCUGGGAAUCUCAGGCUGGGCUCAGCAGUUAGCUAAUAGUACAGCAAUAUCGACUCAGCUUUAGUAAAAAGGCUAAAUGUUGGUUUCCGUGUUGUCUUUGGAGCCCUUAGAGCUGCCCCUUAUUUUCGUCCUCUUCAGUGGAGAAAUGAAAAGGCCUGUGUGCACUUCACAGGAAAUGAAUGUCUGAUACACGCUUGCAGGCUGCUCAUUUCCAAGAACUGCUCUCAAGGUAUUUUGAUAAUGCACAUUCUCUCUGCCUUCUCCCUUCCUGCUCCCCUCAUGCUCUCUGUGCUGCUAUGUGUUCACAGAUGUGUGUGAGCCCAAGGUGGGCUGUGCUGGUACUGGGCUCAAGCACAGGCGUGGGGCUGCGGGAGCUCAGCGUUGGCACUGCCUGAGAUCGCAGGCAAAGCCACACGGGGCUGGCAGCGCUCAGCUGCCUUUGUCUGAGCACCCCCUGCAAAUGCUGAAGGAAAACGUUGACUUGGGUAACAGUCCUUGUGGCUCUGCAGCUCAGCAAUGCUGCGUGUCUGCUACCUUAGUUUCUCGGGAGCAAACUUGGGCUUAGGGAGGUCUGUGCCUUUGGCUGGGCUGCCUGUAGCUGCGUGUAAAGUUGGAGCAGUUUUGAAAGGCAGUGCUUAAUACGAAUGUUAAAACAAGCCCUUUGCUGCUGGAUUCCUCUGCUGGAGCAUGGAGGGGUGGGUGCUUCACAGUGAUGGAGCAGAGAAGUUUGAGAAAGAAGAGAAAUGAAUGCUCUCAGAUCAGCUCUCUCACUUUCCCCAGCAGCAUUUUAACAUGUGUGUGAUUGGAGUUUUUCCCUUUUAUGAGUUUUAGAAUUACUUACUUUUCAAUCUCGGUUACCUUUGAACUUCCUCUCUUCUCGUUUUAUGAAAGAGCAUAAAAAGAGCAGCCUGAUUACAGGGGUGUUCCUGCUGCACCCCCUGCGUCUCUCUGCUCCAUCUGAAAGCUUGCAGGUGGCUUCCUACCAUCCAUCCUCAGGCCCAUCCCCGUUGUCUCAAUUCUGCCUUUGUAUUUCAGGUGUGCCAGGUGGUGGCAUUGCAAUCACCUUCCCACCCUGAGUAUGGUCCGCUGCACCCCACUGACUUCCCACUGUUUCAGUUUUCCACAUCUCUUCUGAUCACUCCCUGCAGCCCUGCAGGAUGGAUGCACUUUCUGGGAAAGCUCUGCAAAAACUCAGCAUUGCUGCAUCAAGGCUCCUGACUUGGGACCAGUUGCAGGCCUGAUAUCUAGCAGCUCUUCCCUAUGGACAGUAAAUUUCAGGAGACUCAAGACCACUCUGAAAAGCCCCUGGCCAUCCAAAAGAGGGAAAUCACAAAAUAAUGAGAUCUGCUAGAUACAAGCCAGCCUAAAGGAUGUGCUGAGAAGCCCCUAGAUGUGAGAUGCUGGAGGCGACAGAGAAAGCAUGGUAAAUGCAGCGUCUCCCUGGGAUCCAUGGGCUCUUUGAGAGAUGAUCAGAGGGAGGCCAGAUGAUCUGCAAAACACACGCACCACUGUUGCUUGUCUGCAAAGGCAGCAUCGGAGCGUUCUCCCCAGCCCCGCACCGCCUGGCCUGCCCGAUCGCUUCCGGAUGUUUCGCAGUUGCGAGUGGGAGGUCCUGGAGCGAUCCCUCAACAUCCUUCAGGCCAGUGACUUCUACUGGGGCCCGCUGUCCGUUGGGGAGGCCCAUGCCAAGCUGCAGCGGGAGCCCGUCGGCACCUACCUGGUGCGAGACAGCUCGCAGGGGAAUUGCUUGUUCAGCCUGAGCGUGCGGAUGCCGACUGGGCCCGUCAGCCUCCGCAUCUCUUUCCAAGAGGGCUAUUUCCGUCUGAAGAACUGGUUUUCGGACUGCGUGGUCCGGCUGCUGGAGCUGGUGGUGGCGGGGACCCGCAACAACCCCUUGCACUUUGAUGAGAUGGGGGGAACUCCUCUGGUCUUUUCCGAGCCAUUGUGCCGGAGCCGCCGGACUGUGCCCACGCUGCGAGAACUGUGCCAGCGGCACCUGCCUGCUCCCGCCGCUGCCAUGCGGACGUGCCCACGGGAGGCGGCGGUGUCACCCCUGGAUGGGAGAGUGGUCCCCAGCCCCUCUGCAACUGGCACUAGGAGAUGAUGCUGGGUAUUUGGAGGCGAAGGGUUGCACACGGCCAUGCUGGAGGGGCAGGGUGCCUGCACCCACUGGCUGCAAAAGCUGUGUCUUCAAACAAGCACAACAUGCUUGACCUUCCCCCAUAUGGCUGGGGUGAAGCCAAGCCUGAAGAACAGCUCUUCCCACCCCCAAGUCCUGCUCUUGGCUCCGUUCAUGACUAAUAAGCUUGAGAACAGGGCGAGCUGCCUGUCCCAGGUCAGCUCCACUACCCAAAGUGCCUAAGCUAGUUUAUGCUGCCAGUGUGCCUUCGUGAAGCCAUAUGGCCCCACAGUGCUGCAUCCUGGGUAUUGGUGGGCACGGGCCACAAGCUAACCGGAGGCCACAUGUUAACAGGAGUCCACGUAUCUGUGCCUGAGCACAAAUGCAAAAUCUGCCCCUUCAGAGAUCAGCACUUUUGGGGAAAAAACAUUGCAGCCGUGUACAAUAUGUGCAGCUUGAGUGGCUUCUGCAUUGCUUUAUUUGAACAGGUUUUUGGGAGUGCAGAUGAGUUACUUUAUACUACGGGCAUCGUGCUCCUGAGAGGCAGGUCUGAGGUCGGUUCUGCCCUGCAGGGUGUGAGCAGACCCAGUCCAGAGCCUCUUAUCCUCAUCUGAUAGUAUGCUGCUGCCACCUAUGGGCUACAAAAAGGUGUUUUGUCUUGCCUCAAGAAGAGGCAAAGAAUUUUUUAUACAACUCCUAAAUUUUAAUAAACAUGUUUUUAUACUUAUUUUUAAAAGCCAACAGA